AUGAACAGAAACAUUAUUAAACUUUUGCUGUUGAUAACUACAACAGUCUGCGCACAAGACGAUUCCAAAUCUCACAGUUUUGGAUUUAUAAGUGAUUCGCCUCUUAAAUCUUUUCAAAAGGCCGCUGUAGUUUCAAAUGUACCAGAAUGCGCUGAUAUUGGACUGGACUUUCUGAAAAACAAAAAUGGUUCUGCAGUCGAUGCAGCGAUUGCCGUAUUGAUUUGUGAAGGUGUAGCAUCACCAAUCAGCUUAGGCAUUGGAGGAGGAUUUCUCAUGACAAUUUACGAUGCUUCGAAUGGUGAAGCUGUAUUUCUGAAUGCAAAAGAAAUAGCGCCUGGUUUAGCGAACGCUACAAUGUUCCGUGGAAAUGCAAGCUUAUCAUUUGCUGGAGGGUUAGCGAUAGCGGUUCCAGGAGAGGUUAUGGGUUACUGGGAGGCACACAAAAGAUUUGGACGAAUUCCUUGGAAGGACCUGUUCGAACCUUCUAUAGAAUUAUGUGAAAAUGGUGUAAUCAGUAAUGAUUAUAAUGAUCUUCGUUUGAAAUUCGUUGAAAAGGAAAUUAAAGCUGAACCUAGUUUGUCAGAAUUUCUAAUUGAUCCGAAAACUAAUGAAUUAUAUGUCAAAGGUGAUAAAAUCAAACGUCUCAAACUAGGGAAAACUCUGAGAAAACUGGCUGACGCGUCGCAACCUGUCGAUCUUUUCUACAGAGGUGAACUCACCAAACAUUUUGUUGCUGAUAUCAAGAAACGCGGAGGCAUCAUUACAGAAGAAGAUUUUGUAAAUUAUAAAGUUAAGUGGACUGUACCCCAUCGAGCUCAAAUAGAUAAUAUGACGAUAUACACUUCGCCACCUUCGGGAUCAGGUGUUCUGCUAACAUUUAUGCUCAAAGUCUUAAAAGGUCUUGUGCCAGCUGAGAAUGAUAAAAUUUUGUGGCAACGGUUUCUCGAAACUUUCAAAUUUGCCUAUGCAAAAAGAGCAGAACUUGCAGACCCCGACUUUGUUAAUUUAGACGAAGUGAUGGCGAAUUUAACGUCACAGGCUUACAUUGACCGAGUAAUAUCUUUAAUAAAAAAAGGAAAGACUUCUGAGGAUCCCAAAUAUUAUGGAGCAGCAACAUUUACAAAAAACGAUGCUGGUACUGCUCACAUAUCUAUUCUAGCACCAGACGGUUCUGCUGUAUCUGUCACUUCAACGAUCAAUCAAGAUUUUGGAUCUCAAGUACGAUCAAGAUCAACCGGAGUAAUUUUUAACGAUCAAAUGGACGAUUUUGGUAACCCUGGUAUCACCAAUGUUUACAGCGUGCCUCCUUCGCCUAAAAAUUUCAUUCAAGCUUAUAAAAGGCCUCUCAGUUCUACGUCGCCGACUAUAGUUGUAAAUCAGAAUGGUGAAGUUAUAUUUGUAAUUGGAAGUUCUGGGGGUACUAAAAUUCCUACUACUAUUGCUAAUGUUAUGUCUUUGUAUUUCUGGAAUGAUUACAAUUUAAAAGAAGCUGUUGAUGCAUACCGACUUCAUCACCAAUUAUUCCCCAUGUAUAUCCACAGCGAGCCUGACUUUCCUGAAGAUAUACUGGAUUAUCUACGAAAGCUUGGCCAUAAAAAUCGUAUUAAUGAUAUCCUCGGUACUGCGGUAACAGCAAUUGCGCGUGAAAAUGAAGUCAUAGUCGCCAAUGCUGAUUACAGGAGAGGAGGUGCUGCAGUUGGAUUUUAA